AGAGAUGAACAUACUUUGGUGGGAAAAGUGCAAAUCAAUCCCAAAACAACAGCAAAGGACCUUGUGAAGAUGCUGGAGGAAAGCGGUACAAAAGUAUCUAUAGCCACAGUAAAACAAGUCCUAUAUCGACAUAACCUGAAAGGCCGCUCAGCAGGAAAGAAGCCACUUCUCCAAAACCGCCAUAAAAAAAGCUAGACUACGGUUUGCAACUGCACAUGGGGAUAAAGAUUGUACUUUUUGGAGAAAUGUCCUCUGGUCUGAUGGAGAAAAAAAUGGAACUGUUUGGCCAUAAUGACCAUCGUUAUGUUUGGAGGAAAAUGGGGGAGGCUUGCAAGCCAAAGUACACCAUCCCAACAGUGAAGCACAGGGGUGGCAGCAUCAUGUUGUGUGGGUGCUUUGCUGCAGGAGGGACUGGUGCACUUCACAAAAUUAGAUGCCAUCAUGAGGGAGGAAAAUGGUGUGGAAUAUUGAAGCAACAUCUCAGGACAUCACUCAGGAAGUUUGAGCUUGGUCACAAAUGGGUCUUCCAAAUGGACAAUAACCCCAAGCAUAGUUCCAAAGUUGUGGCAAAAUGGCUUAAGGACAACAAAGUCAAGGUAUUGGAGUGGCCAUCACAAAGCCUUGACCUCAAUCCUAUCGAGAAUUUGUGGGCAGAACAGAAAAAGCAUGUGCGAGCAAGGAUACCUACAAACCUGACUCCAUUACACCAGCUCUGUCAGGAGGAAUGGGCCAAAAUUCACCCAACUUAUUGUUGAAGCUUGUGGAAGGCUACCCGAAACGUUUGACCCAAGUUAAACAAUUUAAAGGCAAUGCUACACUCAAUUAGUAUUUGGUAUGUAAACUUCUGACCCACCGGGAAUGUGAUGAAAGAAAUAAAAGCUGAAAUAAAUAAUUCUCUCUACUAUUAUUCUGACAUUUCACAUUAUUAAAAUAAAGUGGUGAUCCUAACUGACCUAAAGACAGGGAAUUUUUACUAGAAUUAAAUAUUAGUAAUUGUGAAACAUUUAAAAACUCAGUUUAUUUGGCUAAGGAGUAUGUAAACUCCCGACUUCAACUGUAGAAGGGAUUGAUAGGACGUGUAGGGAUAGGAAGGUAAUAUGGUGUGGUAUUUUUAAUGCCCAUAAAGAAAUAUGGGGAAGUACGCAUUAAGAUAACAAUGGGAGUAUAGUCGAAGAAUUUAUGAUUAGUGUGUGUUAAUGAUGGGAGGGGAAUGAGAAUCAAUGUGGUGAGGAGUACAGAGUCAUCCUUAGACUAGACAUUGGUAUCUGUGGCAGGGAGGUGUAAAUGGUAAGUGAUGAGAGAAACCACAGUAGUGAGUGAUCAUUUUCCAGUUCGACUUAAGGUCAAUAUGGGUGUGUGUGCGGAGUAGAGGCAAUAACAUGAGGUGGUGCUUUGAGAAAGCUAACUGGAAGAUGUUCAAGUACAUGUGUGAGCGGGCAGGACAAAAGUUAUCAAUGGAGGGGUCUGUGGAUGAGUGCAAUGGAUGUGUGCGAUAAGGCAGUAACGUCUGUAAUUAUAUCAGCUGCAAAUGAGACCGUUCAGGGGAGGAAGACGGAGGGUGGUGCCAUGGUGGACAGAUGAGUGCUCAAAGGUGGUGCAGGAAACAGAUAUAGCUCUACGGAGGGAAUGGAUUGACAGGAAGGAAUCUCAUGGAGAAUCAAAAGAAGAGUGCGACGGCCAGAAGAACGAUUUAAGACAGAAAAGGGAGGCAUGGCGGGAAUUUUGCUCCACUAUUGGUAGUGACCCCAAAAAAUAUGAUGGGGAAGGGUAAAAAUGCUGCAAUUCCAGUGUUGGUAGAAGGAAACGUCACAGCUGUGUCAAGGAAAGAAAAGGCAAAUGUCAUAGGUUUUGCAUUUGCAGUUGUUCAUAGAUGUGAGCACCUGUGUCAUGAGCGUAAGAGGGAGGGAAGCUAAAGGAGCAUAGAGAUGUUUUAAAGAAAAAAGGCGAGUCGGGAGAAGCUAUGGAUGCAGAGUUUUCUAUGUUUGGGAUGACAAUAGCGUUGGAGGGCUGCGGGCGGACUGCUCCUGGAGAAGAUAGGAUGUGUUAUGUGAUGUUUCAGCAUGCACCGGACAGUGUGUUGGAAGCAGUGUUAAGGUUGUUUAAUUAGAUGUGUAGGACUGCAGUGAUACCUGCUGGGCGGAGACGUGCGGUGUUGUUGCCAUUCCUAAAACUAUGUAAAGAUCCCAGCCUAUCGUGCUGACAUCCAACAUAUGUAAGUUGAUGGGAAAAGAUGAUAGUGAGUAGGAUGAUUUAUUUCUUGGAAGUUAGGGGUUUGAUGAGUGUAGCACAGAGUAGAGGUUCAGGAGAGGGAGGUCUGCCAUGGAUGCCCUGGUGACAUUUAGUACAGAGAUAGCUAAUGACCUGACAAUAAGAGGUGAUGAGUGUUGUGUAUUUUGACAUUGAGAAAGCUUACGAUACCAUGUGGGGGGAAGGGUUGUUGAUCAAGUUGAGUGCAUUUGGGGACGUCUGUAUAACUGGAUCAUGGACUUCCUGUUCGAUCGAGUUAUACGGGUGAGGUUGGGGUCAGAAUUGUCAAUGCGGUUUGAAGUGGACAAUGGUACUCCUCAGGGAAGUGUGGUUAGUCUGGUGUUGUUCACCCUGAUGAUAGAUGACAAAACACUGGAAUGGUAGAUGUGCAGAAGAUGAAUGUGCAAGUAGAGAUACUGGGGUGCAAAGCAGCAAGAUAAAUAAAUACAUUAUGGGGAUGAGGUAGUUGGAUGGCUGUUUACAGAUAGGCUAUGUACAGGUGCAGUGAUCUGUGAGCUGCUCUGACAGCUGGUGCUUAAAGCUAGUGAGGGAGAUAUGACUCUCCAGCUUCAGUGAUUUUUGCAUUUUGUACCAGUCAUUGGCAGCAGAGAACUGGAAUAAAAGGCGGCCAAAGCAGGAAUUGGCUUUGGGGGUGACUAGUGAGAUAUACCUGCUGGAGCGCGUGCUACGAAUGGGUGCUGCUAUGGUGACCAGUGAGCUGAGAUAAGGCGGGGCUUUACCUAGCAGAGACUUGUAGAUGACCUGGAGCCAGUGGGUUUGGCGACGAGUAUGAAGCGGGGGCCAGCCAACGAGGGCAUACAGGUCGCAGUUGUGGGUAGUAUAUGGGGCUUUGAUGACAAAACGGAUGGCACUGUGAUAGACUACAUCCAAUUUGUUGAGUAGAGUGUUGGAGGCUAUUUUAUAAAUGACAUCAUCGAGGAUUGGUAGGAUGGUCAGUUUAACAAGGGUAUGUUUGGCAGCAUGAGUGAAGGAUGCUUUGUUGUGAAAUAGGAAGCCGAUUCUAGAUUUAAUUUUGGAUUGGAGAUGUUAAUGUGGGUCUGGAAGGAGAGUUUACAGUCUAACCAGACACCUAGGUAUUUGUAGUUAUCCACGUAUUCUAAGUCGGAGCCGUACAGAGUAGUGAUGCUGGACGGGCGGGCAGGUACGGGCAGUGAUCAGUUGAAAAGCAUGCAGUUAGAUGUGGGACAGGGAGUGAGUGCAUGGCCUGGAAUACUGAUGAUGGGGGAACAGAGGUGGGAAUGUAAAAUUUGUGAUGAGGAAGGUGUGGAAGAUUGGUCUCUUAACAUGGGUGUUUAGGAUGUCUGUGGUCAAGUCCUGCUUUAUGGUGUUUUCUAGGAAGAAGGUUAAAUAUGCAAAUAUACAGAUAUAAGUAGGGUGUCAGAGUUUAAUUAUUUAGUUCUGUGGUUUAGUGAGAGGCUUACUUGGAAGAGACAUGUUGGGCAUAUUGAAAUUAAGUGUAGGAAGGUGCUGAACCUCAUGAGGGCAGUGGCAGGAUGUGAUUGGGGGUUGGAUAGAUGAACACUGUUGUAUACAGUACCAGUCAAAAGUUUGGACACCUACUCAUUCAAUGGUUUUUCUUUUUUACUAAUCUCUACAUUGUAGAAUACUAGUGAAGACAUCAAAACUAUGAAAUAACACAUAUGGAAUCAUGUAGCAACCAAAAAAGUGUUAAACAAAUAAAAAUAUAUUUUAAAUUCUUCAAAGUAGCCACCAUUUGCCUUGAAGACAGCAUUGCACACUCUUGGCAUUCUCUCAACCAACUUCACCUGGAAUAAUUUUCCAACAGUCUUGAAUGAGUUCCCACAUAUGCUGAGCACUUGUUGGCUGCUUUUCCUUCACUCUGUGGUCCAACUCAACCCAAACCAUCUCAAUUGGGUUGAGUGUGGGUGAUUGUGGAAGCCAGGUCAUCUGAUGCAGCACUCCAUCACUCUCCUUCUUGGUCAAAUAGCCCUUACACAGCCUGGAGGUGUGUUAGGUCAUUGUCCAGUUGAAAAACAAAUGAUAGUCCCACUAAGCACAAACCAGAUGGGAUGGUAUAUUUCGCUGCAGAAUUCUGUGGUAGCCAUGCUGGUUAAGUGUGCCUUGAAUUCUAAAUAAAUCACAGACAGUGUAACCAGCAAAGCACUCCCACACAUCACACUUCCUCCUCCAUACUACACGGUGGUAACCACAUAUGCAGAGAUCAUCCGUUCACCUACUCUGAGUCUCAUGGCGGUUGGAACCAAAAAUCUCACAUUUGGACUCAUCAGACAAAAGAACAGAUUUCCACCGGUCUAAUGACCAUUGCUCAUGUUCCUUGGCUGAAGCAAGUCUCCUCUUCUUAUUUGUGUCCUUUAGUAGUGGUUUAUUUGCAGCAAUUCGACUAUGAAGGCCUGAUUCACGCAGUCUCCUCUGAAUAGUUGAUGUUGAGAUGUGUUUUGACUGGUACUGUAGAUGGGGAGAGAUUGUGUGAAAGGGUUAGGGAGGCUAGACCGGGUUGGGGAAUGGGUGGUGUAUUGGGGGAGGGAGGUGGUGUCUAGGGCGCUAUUUCACUUUCUUGAAGGAACAGGACUAAUGAAGAGGAUUUAAUGUUGGUAAGCUGUAACUGGCCUCACACUCCAGUACAGUAGGUGGUGGUGUUGGAUGCGAUCCGCCAACCUAAUCCCAAAGAAGGACAAGAAGAAAAAGGUCAACAUCACAUUAUCUCACUGUUUCUAAUAGACGUAUUUGGGUGUUUUUGAAGCCUUUGUUCAUCAUUUUUGGGGCCCCCAUACUACACAACGAGGACAAGGAUGAGGAAGUUCCUCGGCGUACACAUCACAGACAAACUGAAUUGGUCCACCCACACAGACAGCAUCGUGAAGAAUGCGCAGCAGCGCCUCUUCAACCUCAGGAGGCUGAAGAAAUUCGGCUUGUCACCAAAAGCACUCACAAACUUCUACAGAUGCACAAUCGAGAGCAUCCUGUCGGGCUGUAUCACCACCUGGUACGGCAACUGCUCCGCCCACAACCGUAAGGCUCUCCAGAGGGUAGUGAGGUCUGUACAACGCAUCACCGGGGGCAAACUACCUGCCCUCCCGGACACCUACACCACCCGAUGUCACAGGAAGGCCAUAAAGAUCAUCAAGGACAACAACCACCCGAGCCACUGCCUGUUCACCCCGCUAUCAUCCAGAAGUGAGGAUAAGAUGCAUUCCCCACGUGACUUCCACAUCCUGUUUGUGCCCCGGCGGAGCAUGCUCUGUGAGCAGCGGCUGAAGGAGCAGGGGGUCCUGGGCUCGUUCAUCAACAUAGACGAGUACAUCCUAGACCUCAUCCCUUAUGAUGGAGACUUGCUCUCCAUGGAGUCUGAGGGGGCCUUCAGGGAAUGCUAUCUAGAAAGUGACCAGACAAGUCUUUACCACACCGCCAAGGGCCUUAUGACUCUCCAGGCUCUGUAUGGGACCAUCCCCCAGAUAUUUGGGAAAGGGGAGUGUGCACGGCAUGUAGCUAAUAUGAUGCUUAGGAUGAAGAGGGAGUUUGCUGGCAGUCAGACUCAGAUCCUGCCUGUGUUUGACUCACUGCUGCUGCUGGACCGCAACAUAGACCUGCUUACCCCUCUGGCCACACAGCUCACCUAUGAGGGCCUCAUUGACGAAGUUUAUGGAAUCACCAACGGUUAUGCAAAGUUGCCUCCGGAGAAGUUUGCUGCCCAAAAGAAGCAGGGUGAGGUGGGUAAAGACCUGCCCACGGAGCCCAAGAAGAUGCAGCUCAACUCAGCGGAGGAGCUGUAUGCAGAGAUACGGGACAAAAACUUCAACGCCAUAGGGGCUGCACUGAGCAAGAAGGCCAAGAUCAUCUCUGCUGCCUUUGAGGAGCGACAUAAUGCCAAAACAGUUGGCGAGAUAAAGCAGUUUGUGUCCCAGCUGCCCCACAUGCAGGCAGCACGGAGCUCGCUGGCCAAUCACACCUCCAUAGCUGAACUCAUUAAGGACAUCACCACCUCAGAGGCCUUCUUUGAUAACCUGACAGUGGAGCAGGAGUUUAUGACUGGAGUUGACACAGACAAGGUUAACACAUAUAUUGAGGACUGUAUUGCCCAGAAGGAUCCUCUGAUCAAAAUCUUGCGGCUGGUCUGUAUGCAGUCAGUCUGCAACAAUGGCCUCAAGCAGAAGAUAUUGGACUACUACAAGAGAGAGAUCCUGCAGACCUAUGGAUAUGAACACAUGCUUACCCUCAACAACCUGGAGAAGACAGGUCUUCUGAAGCCCCAGACAAGCACCAGGAAUAACUACCCCACCAUCAGGAAGACACUCAAACUUUGGAUGGAGGAUGCCAACGAACAGAACCCCAAUGACAUCUCCUAUGUGUACAGUGGUUAUGCUCCUCUCAGCAUCCGUCUGACCCAGGUGUUGGCCAGGCCCGGCUGGCGCAGCAUCGAGGAAGUUCUGAAGAUGCUCCCUGGUCCACACUUUGAGGAGAGACAACAGCUGCCUGCUGGUCUCCAUAAGAAACGCCAGCAGGGGGAGAGCAGGACCACCCUGGUGUUCUUUCUGGGAGGGGUGACUUACGCAGAAGUUGCUGCCCUGCGCUUCCUGUCUCAGAUGGAGGAUGGUGGCACAGAGUACAUCAUUGCCACUACCAAGCUCAUCAAUGGUACCAGCUGGAUCAAGUCUCUGAUGGACCGCCCGGAGGCCCCCUGAGCCCGCUGCCCGCCCCCUCGGGGAACAGAUGCACAGCUAGACACAUCAAACAGUCAGAACAAAAGACCUUGCCGCUUCUUUUUAAUGUCCAUAUUCCAGCGCCCUGCAGGUGUGUCUGAUUGAUCUCAGCAACUGUCAGUGUGAGGUGACCAGGAGUCAGCUCCUUGAUUCUCCCUGUCCUUUGCCUGCAACUCUAACAGCUUGCUAAAUGCACAUCUCCAUUGCCACCUGCUUUGGUCAUUGUAUGGAGCUGAGAAGAUAUCAUCUUACUUGUGGCAUGAUGGAAGGUUUAAGAUCAUUGUAAAAAAUAUAUAUACUGUAUUAACACAAAGGCUGAAAGGUAGAUGCUUGUAUUAUUUUUGUGAUUUCAACCUAUAUUUUGUGUUGUACAGUAUAGGGGUUUUCUCUCUGCUUGCCAUUAUUUGUGGGAAAAGUAGUCCUGUAAAUAAAAUGUGUAAUUGA